GAAAAAAAGAACACAGCCAAACAAAGAAACCAAGAAAUUGAGCCGCUCACCGUGCGGAGCGUCGCGACUCGCGACACCGGAACCCUAGAUCGCCGCCGGCGAUGGAGUCCGCCAGCGAGUUCAGGCUCUACCGCGGAUCCGGAGAGGGCAUCUUGGAGGUAGUACGGCUGAAUGCAGUUGGUCCUCCUCGAGCGGUGGAUGGGGAUCUCCACGCUCCCGAGGUCGACGGCGCGGGCGCGGGCGCGGGCGCGGACAUAUUCGUCGCGCUCGUCCAGGGCGGCACCGUCGUGGACUUCGCACGCUUAGUCUUCCGCGGCGGUGAGCCGACCGACGCCGACGGGGGGGAGGAUUGUUACUCAACAAACAAAUCCACCAGCGACGAAGACAGCGCUGCAGCAUCGUCCGUUCCGUCAAGGUAUGAGGUCCACGAAUCUCCGGAAAAUUCAUUCGGGUUUGGCUCUGCUGGGUUGAUGGUUGAUUUGGAGGACGGGCAGUGGAUGAAUCCAAAGUGGGAAGGGGAGGGGGACGACCUGAAUGCUGAGGGGAUAGUAUUGCCACACUCGGCGAGCUCAGAUACGGAUGAUUCGAGCACCAAACUAGGGCAGACUAAGCUCUGGAGGUCUGCCUAUCAUUCCAAUUCCAGCAGUGAUGAUGAAGAUGCUGAUCAGGAUGAGGAUAAGGGGCAGCACAAGAAGCACAGAUACCAGUCUAUAAAGACUGAUGAUGAUCCAAAGAGCGGGGACAAGUGCAACAUGACUGAUGGCUUUUCAAGCUCAAGCCGGUCAGCAACUAAGGAGGAUUUGAUCUCUGAAGCACAUGAUGAGAAUGGCUUUUCAAGCACCAAACUAGGGCAGAGUAAGUUCUGGAGGUCUGCUUAUCAUUCCAAUUCCAGCAGUGAUGAUGAAGAUGCUGACCAGGAACUGGAUCAGCAUGAGGAUAGUGGGCAGGAAAAGAAGCUCAGAUACCAGUCUAUAAAGACUGAUGAUGAUCCAAAGAGCGGGGACAAGUGCAACAUGAGUGACGGCUUGUCAAGCUCAACCAGGUCAGCAACUAAGGAGGAUUUGAUCUCUGAAGCACAUGAUGAGAAUGGUGAUUCGAGCACCAAACUAGGGCAGAGUAAGUUCUGGAGGUCUGCUUAUCAUUCCAAUUCCAGCAGUGAUGAUGAAGAUGCUGACCAGGAACUGGAUCAGCAUGAGGAUAGUGGGCAGGAAAAGAAGCUCAGAUACCAGUCUAUAAAGACUGAUGAUGAUCCAAAGAGCGGGGACAAGUGCAACAUGAGUGACGGCUUGUCAAGCUCAACCAGGUCAGCAACUAAGGAGGAUUUGAUCUCUGAAGCACAUGAUGAGAAUGGUGAUUCGAGCACCAAACUAGGGCAGAGUAAGUUCUGGAGGUCUGCUUAUCAUUCCAAUUCCAGCAGUGAUGAUGAAGAUGCUGACCAGGAACUGGAUCAGCAUGAGGAUAGUGGGCAGGAAAAGAAGCUCAGAUACCAGUCUAUAAAGACUGAUGAUGAUCCAAAGAGCGGGGACAAGUGCAACAUGAGUGACGGCUUGUCAAGCUCAACCAGGUCAGCAACUAAGGAGGAUUUGAUCUCUGAAGCACAUGAUGAGAAUGGUGAUUUGAGCAUUGUAGAGCAAGAUCCGUAUACUGGGAAGGAGGGGCAAGAUGAUGAUCGCUCUGUACAGAUUAAUGCCCGACUAUUUCCAGCGCAGAAGCAUGCUAUUAUUAAAAUUUUCAGUGGGGGUGAAUGGGUUUUUACAAAGGACUAUGCUCUUGUCUGGCUAGAUCUGCAGGAUAUGCCUGAAUCCACCUUGAAAGUCGAAUUUGGUGCCCCAUUUGCUACCAUAUUAGGCUUUAGGAACACAGAUUACAUAAUGGAUUUCAAGAUCAACCAACUGAAGGAUUCUUCUGAAAUGCUUUCUGAUGUGAUGACUCUGUUGAAACCAUCGAUUUGCGAUUUUCAGAUCAUUAAGAAAGUUGGUGGCCAGGGUGCUUGUAAGGUAUUCAAGUGCUUGUUCAUGGGAAGACGUUGUGCUUUGAAAUCACUCACUCAAGAAAACACUUGCGCCUUAGAGCCACGGGAGAUUGAGGUAAUAUCAAAUCUAAAGGAUACACAUGUAAUGACUUUUUACCAGGCCUGGAUAGAGCCAUGGGCUUAUAAAGGAAAAACUGAGCAGAAUUACCUAUUCAUCCACUUGGAGUUCUGUCCAAGCACUCUUAAGCAUGCACUCCUGUAUAAGAACAGGCAUUGGUUUCCAAAUAAGUGGCUUCUGUUUGAAGAGAUAUUGCAAAUUGUUCACAAACUGCAUGAAGCUUAUAUUGUCCAUCGAGAUCUUAAGCCAGACAACAUAUUUUUAGAUUCAAAAUUGGCUGUUCGGGUUGGUGAUUUUGGGGAUGCGUGCAUGGGCUGUGAUGAGCUUGGAUUUUAUGGAGGAGGCACACCCAAUCUCGGGACUCAAUAUUACUUUGCCCCAGAGCUUAAUAGUGUUGGGAAAGUUACAGAAAAGGUUGAUAUUUACUCACUCGGUGUGAUAUUAUUAGAGAUUUUUGCGAUGUUUGGAACUGUUGUUGAGAGAAGUACUGUAUUCCGCAAUCUGAGUGAGAAAGGACCUCCGGAGAGCUGGGAUGGUGACAGUGAACUAUAUGGCAUGAUGACUGCCUUGGAACCUGAUGAUCGGCCAUCAGCUGCGGAAGUCUUGGAUUACAUCCAUCGACAUCAUUCGGAAUGAUGACAUCAUGGUAAAUCACAGAUCGGCUAUCAAUAAUCCUUGUAAUAGUCAUGUUCUAGAAGUUAGGAAGGGAGAGUUCUAUUGUACAGAUGCCUGCAACAGCGUAAACUUCUAUGAUGCCUGCAGCACCUUGAUGGAAGGUUGGAAAGGUUGAGAAGAAGUGGUUUCUGGUCAUACAUGUUUGUUACUGUAGCACAUCGCUGGAAGGUUGGAAAGGUUGAGAAGAAGUGGUUUCUUGUCAUACAUGCUUGUUGCUGCAGCUGGCAUGUGUGUCUGGCAACAUUUUGUUCGCUGUUCUGUAUGCUCACUCAAGACUCAGGUUUCGUAGCAUGCAAGCCAUGUGUUGUAUGUAUAUGUUCUGGUAGAUAUGUUAGAUGUUAUUAACCACUCUGGGAUGUGCUCGACUUGUCCGAUGUCCAUGAUGCUGUUUUUUCGUCGGCGUGCUUUUCUCUUUCUCCGUCGGCUGACACGUAAAGGCAAAAAUAACCUGGAGUUUUGUCAAAUUACAGAAUGCAGACUGUGAUAUUUUCUUUUA